GAAAAACGAUUUUUCGUGGACCCUCAUGAAUGAAUGAUUCGACACUUUAAAAAAAUACACAUUCCGAUUCGCAUUACGCGUUCGUUCAUUGAUCCAUGUUAACUACUGCGACAUCGACGCCGACUGUAGAAUAGCAUGAACGGAGCGAACUGCCGGAUCGGCCUCGAGAUAGUGACGAGGGACGAGUGGGGCGCCAGGCCUCCAACCCUGGUGGAAAACAUGACCAACCCAGUGCCGUACGUCGUCAUACAUCACAGUUACCUGCCGCCCGCUUGCAGCACGGGUUCGGAAUGCAUCGCGGCCAUGAAAUGGAUGCAGGACUUACAUCAGAUCAACAACUCGUGGAACGAUAUCGGGUACAGUUUUGCAGUCGGCGGGGACGACAGGGUGUACGAGGGAAGGGGGUGGUCCGCGGUAGGGGCCCACGCCCCCUCCUACAAUGACAAAAGCAUCGGCGUGUGCAUCAUCGGCGAUUGGAGUGACGAGCUGCCCCCCGCGGGCCAACUUGCCACCGUCAAGCGGCUCAUCGCUAGAGGGGUCAAAGAGGGUAAAAUAGCGCGCGACUAUAAACUCGUCGGGCACCGGCAAGUGCGAGAGGGGACAGAGUGUCCAGGAGAUCGUCUCUUUAACGAUAUCCACAAUUGGCCCCAUUUUACUAGCGAUCCAACUGGAAUGGAAUCGACCAAGCCAGAUGUGAGAGAAGAACAAGAACCACCGUUGUGGGACGAAGACAAUAAACUGAAGAAACGGAGCUCUUGAGCUGCGUCGAAACGGACAGGCGUGUAGAAAGACAUUUUCCGACAUUUGCUCGCGCGAAAUCUGAAGGUAGCUUUUGGCAAAACAUCAAAGUAUUACUAAAAUAAAUAAAUAAAUAAAUAAUAAAUAAAAUUACUUUUGCA